AUGGAAUACUCGCAAGAGCAACUAAACUACUUCAGAUUCUGCUACAUAGCAUUUGAUUUGGUUCCAGUGGGACUGCGGCAGAUUUUCAAAAACGAGUGGGAUUUCCUUUAUAAAGGAACGUUGAUUAGAGAAUGGAAAGACACGGCACAAAAUGGUUGUGAUUUCUACAACAAGGAAUCUAAAGCAAGUCACAAGAAAAACUCUCGGUGUCUAGCAACAAUACAGAACGGUAACACGGCAGAGUGGGACUGCACCUGUUUGUUUUUUGCCAUCCUGUACUCAGACAGCAUUGGUACCACUUUAAGCCCAGCUGUUCGUAAAGAGGUCGAUGACAUUCGUCAGGUGCGAAACGAGAUCGCUCAUAUCACCGAGGCUAAGUUGACAGAUGCCGACUUCCAAAUUUCUGUAAAUAGAGUGUUGAACGCUUUUGCAGCCCUUGGUCUUGCUGUAACUGAGAUUCAAGAAAUAAAGAACCAGACGACCUUUCCGACGAAGGAAGUGGAAAAAAUUAGGAAGCAAGUUCGUGAUCUCCAAGCCGAGUUAGAUCAGACAAAAAGCACUCUUCGAAGUACAGAAGUUGCCUUGGUUUCUACAAAAGAAGAAAACAAAUGUCUCACACAGGAAAUAAGUGCGAAACUUCAACCAUUUUGCCUUCUCGUAUCGCGCCCACCACACGAUAUCAUUAGGCGCUCGCAUGACAUUGAAAGAAUCACUAACAAAAUGGAGGAACUUAACAAUGGCUCUAGCGGAACAAUCAGUACAGUGUACUUGUCAGGAAGUCCAGGAUGUGGCAAGAGCCAACUUGCUCGGGAAAUUGGACAACAGUUUUUUUCGGAACAAAACGAUGAUCGUAUCUUUGCUGCGACACUGAACACAGAAAGCAUUGAGACACUUGUUGACUCUUACCUCACCCUUGGAAGACACCUAGGGAUAACAGAAUACGCGUUGAAAGACUUAGAAUCGUUAAAAGAAGAGAAACCUAUUGAAGCAAUUAAACAGCUCCAUCGCUUGAUUUUGCCGAAGAUCAGCAAGUUUACCAAAUGGUUAAUAAUAGCGGACAAUGUGAUUGACUUACGCUUAGUCCGCGACUUGCUUCCUCAAACUGGCAGUAAAGAUUGGGGCCAUGGGCAAGUGCUGAUUACCACUCAAGAUAGUGAUACAAUUCCUCAAAACGCUCCUCACACGUAUCACGAAUCGUUAAGCAAAGGAGUGAGGCGGGACGAGGCAGUGGAAUUGCUGGAAACUGUAUCGCAAAUUUCCGAGCGAGUACAAGCAGAAAAUGUCGCCGAACUUCUCGAUUUUCAGCCACUGGCCUUAGCUGCUGCUGCUUAUUUCGUGCAAACUGUUGUGACCAGUGGGUCUUCAAAUUAUAAUUGGAAAGCAUACCUUCAAGACAUAUCAACAUACAGCCAGAGAAAAUCGGCCGAAACUGUCCUUGCUAAUGAGAGUUCAGCCUAUGCUAAAACAACAAUAGCCGCAGUAGAAAUGGCUAUCCAAAGAGCUGUUGAAAAAGACGAGGUUCUUCUUCAUACAUACUAUUUUCUUUCGACGACGUACCACUCGAAACUGUUUUAA